AUGGAGAGCGGUGACUUAAGUUGUGAUCAAAACAAGGUGUUAAUUAGUUAUUUGAUGAACGGGAGGGGGCAAAUCCAUCCAACGUUCAUAAGGAAUGAUAGACACGUAGAAUUAUAUAUGCUUUGCAUUGAUUCUGAUAACUCCAGACCUAUAUUGCGGGUUAAAGUUUUUGAAAGGUUCCGGAAAGAAGCUUCCACAUCAACCCCACCCUCACCCUCACCCUCACCCCCACCCCCGAAUGUGGAUGAUACGUCAAAGGAAUACGAUUUCAUGGGCUGUAAUGAAUGGGAUAAUAGUGAAUAUUAUGAAGAAGAGGAGUGUGGAGGAGGUGAGGACGGGCAACUCGAACCACAAAGAAGCCACUCUUUCUCGGACGGGACCAACCUUUUUUUAGGACAAACAUUCAAGGAUAAGAAAACAUUAAAACUUUUGUUGAAGCAGGCGUCGGUGAAAAUAUCGUUCAAUUACACAACUCUGAAGAGUAGUAAGAAAUACUUGAGGGGGAGGUGCGUAGAUCGUACUUGGCGGUGGAUGGUGCACGCAUGUGCUAUCGAAGAAUUGGGUUGGUUUCACGUCCAUAAGUACGUGGGAGAGCAUACUUAUGGCAUUGAUCAUGUCACGGGAAAGCACAAAAAUGUCACCGUGGAGGCCGAGCUAUUGAAAGUGUUGGAUGGCAGGCGUCAUUGCGAAGAACAUAGUUUGAGGUACGCCCGAGCAUGGAUAUGCAGUGCUUCCCGCAUUUCAUAUAUUUUCGAUGGUCUCAACCUCGGGUCUAUUAAUUCCCUCAGGGUCGAAGAGGAAUAUGGCAGGCUUAUUUACUACUUUAUGGCCUUUAGGGCUUCCAUCCGUGGAUAUGCACACAUGAGAAAGGUCGUUACCGUUGAUGACACACAUUUGUCCAACAAGUACGAGGGCGUGAUGCUGUCCACUGUCGCUCAAGUUACGCAGAAUCAUAUCUAUCCCUUAGCGUAUUAUGUGGUGGAUAAGGAGAACGAUGCGUCGUGGGGCUUCUUCUUCGAGAAGCUUAAGGCCUUUGUCGUCGACGAACCAGAGCUGUGCAUUAUCUCCGACAGACAUGUAAGUAUAGCCAACGGCCUCGCAAGGCAUUAUCCACUUGCGCAUCACGGUGUUUGUGUGAGGCAUCUCGGCGAAAAUCUUCAAAUAAAUCACCAUUGUUCCGAUUCUCUCUAUUUGUACUACCAUACGGCCAAGGCGUACACGUUGGAAGAAUUUAAUGACUACUUCAACGCCCUUAAAGAAAGAUGCCCCAGCGCAGCAACUUGCCUCAAGCAUUAA